UUUCCCGCCUCUCAAGUCUCACCUCCAGGCCGACUUCAUCGCUCAUCUGGAUCCAGAUUCUCCUCCUCCUCAUCGUCCUCCUCUACUGCUUCCGCCUCUUCUCGUCAGAUGUCGAUAUCUCAAACAGCCGCGUCAAAAACUCCUCCUUAGCUUCACCUUCCUCCGCCCCUCACCUCUUCCCUUUUUCCCUCUCUCCAGAGUGUGUGUUUUUGGGAAGUGGCGGCCUUGUCAGGAGGUGCAGCGAGAUUGCUGCAGUGUUUGUAGAUUCAGGGAGUUUCCAGCAGCAGCAGUUUGCAAUUUUUUGUGCUUGCCUGGGGAUGUUGCAGGUUGUUCUGGGUUGGCUGGUUGUUUUUGCUGUUUCUAUAGUGCUUUUGCUGGUUGGAAUUGCUGCAGUAGAUUUUUGCACUUUUUUGUUUGCAAGGAAGUUUUGGAGGGACAGAGGUUUCUCCAGAGUUGCAGCUUGUCUGCUGCAUUUGGUGGAGGUCUGGGAGAUUCUUGCAGCCUGUUCGGUGUUGUGUAAUAUUGCUAUAGGUAAUGAGAAGUCAAACAAGUUCUGGGAGGCAGAACUACCAUCAAAUUUUGACAGAAGUAGAAUUGAGAAAUUUAUCCACACCAAUUAUGAAGAGAAAAGAUGGUCUCCAAAGGGUGAAAGAGAACCAGCUGCAAAACCUGCUGAAACAAACCAUGACAUUAACAAGUUCCCAGAAGGUGUUCCCAGAAGGUGUCAAAGGUUGUCCUUCAAGAAAACCAAGGGCACUUUCUCGAGGAUUUUAUUUUUACUAAGCACGUGUCUCAAAUAACUCCUCCAGCAAUGAAGUCCCGGAGGCGAUCGACAGAUUUAAACAUGGUCAUUGCUUCACCUCUGCUAUCACCACCAUUGACAAAACUCAAUACACCAGCAACGAAGACGAAUGGAGUAUUUGAAUUUUACAACUUGCUUUAUGUCAGCAAUGGGAACAAGGAUCAUUCUAUUGUUCCUCCAUCACGUUGGGCCACUUUCGAUUGAGCAGAUUUGUCAGACUCAGGCCAUGAAACUAAUAGAGAUAUCCAACUAUCAGUUGCAGUAGAAGUCACUAAGUUUACAAACUGAGUGAAAAUCGCAUUGAUAUCAACAAGAAUUGGUGACUUUGCACAACCUUUUAGAUCAUAGUAAGUUGAACAAUGUUUCAAGAUUUCAUUUCCAGGUUCUUUGUUUUCCAAAAACAAAGAAAACAGAAAGCAAAAUCAUCAUGUAACAUUUUUGCAGCAAACUUUUUGUGAGGCUUUUCAAUACCUCUUCAAAACUACAACUACUGAGCAAACUUUUUCUAAUGCCAUUGGAAAAGUUAAAUUUAUUCA